AUGCGACAAAUGCGACCUUGGACAUUGAAUGAUGUCACUGCUUUAUUUUCUUGGUUAUUUUUGGGUCAUACUGUAUGGUUACUGGUGGGUACAACAAGUUUUGUUAGUCUUAUUCUAUGGUUUGCCAAUUCUCUUCAAUUCCAAGGUUGGGUGGCAUAUCGUAUUGGACAAUAUCUUACAUCAGCAACAGGAGCCACAGUAGUAUUUGAUUCUGCCAUUGUACCUAAUUGGAAAGAUGGUAAAAUUCGAUUCAAUAAUGUUAGAAUUUAUCGAAUGCCAAGAUCAGAACGGGAAAAAUUUGAACGACAUGCACAAAUGUUGACGAUGGGUCAUUCACCUCAAGAUAAUAAACAAGAUGUUUACACAGAAGAUGAUCCUUUACGUGGUGUGUAUUUGGAUGAAGAUGAACAACAAAACGAAGUACUGAAAACAUGGAUGUGGUUUGAUUUGACUUUGGAUCGUGUGGAAUGUACUUUUAGUUUAAUGCGAUGGAUGGAUGGAAAAGGUCUUGUACAAAGUGCUGAUGUUCAAGGUGUUCGUGGUGUAGUCGAUCGUCGUCAUGUGCGUUGGAAUCCAAAUGUCAAGUAUGAUCCAGUAGCUGCUAGGCAUAAAUAUACACCUGGUGAUUUUGAAUUGGAGAAGUUUACAAUGGAAGAUCUUUUAGUCACUGUUUAUCAACCUCAAGGUUUUCGACCUUAUCCUGUCUCUAUAUUUCAAGCUCAAUUGGAUCGAUUCAGAAAACAAUGGCUUUUUUAUGAUUUAUUAUGUGCAACAUCUAUUGUGGGUGCCUUUGAUAAAUGUCUAUUUAGUGUACAUUCACCUCAAUUGGAAAAAAGCGUUUUGGAACAAGCUGGUCAUAUUGAUGAAAAACAUGGUAGAUUUCGAAGUCAUGAUAUUUAUCAUUAUUAUUCUGCAUUCAAGAAACCUGAUCCCAAUGGUGUAGUUGUUGGUGGUGAAAAUGCUCGAUUUGGUGUAUUGACUGAUAAUGCUAUGAAACAACAAGGUUAUAAACGCAAGUCUCGUUUACGUAUUGAUAAUGUACCUAUUGAUCAUAUUAAUCGUGGAUUAGAGGGUCCAGCAGGAUGGAUUACAUCAGGAACAGUGGAUGUAUCAGCAGAUAUCUAUAUUCCUCAAGAAGCAUCUGAAGCCGAUUCGACAGAACUAUUACGACAAUUAGUGUAUGAAUUAACGGAUCGUAUUGAUUUACCACAACCAGUGACUUUGGGUGUUGGUAAAGGGGAGGACGUUUUGGUAGUAGGUGGAGGAAGGAAGAAUGCAAGUUCUACUGUAAGUGAAGAUCGCAACAAGAAAUUCGUGAUGGAUGUCCAGUUUCGGUUCAAGGAUAGUAAAGCAUCGGUACCCUUUUUACCUUCAGCUGAUCUGACCUAUGUGAAUCAAACCAUGGUACGACCUGUGGUGGCCUAUAUUAAUCGUAACAAGACCAUUGUUCCUAUCAAGUGCCGUGUGGUGAUGGAUUUAUCCAACUUUGAUGGUGCUUGGUCCGGUUAUGACUCGACAUUGAUUGAUCGUAUAUGUGAACAACUUGGUAAAGGUUUUGUGGAUUUGACCAUGGAUCAACAAGAACGAAAUCGCAGACUUAAGCAAAUCGGAUUCUGGAGCUUACGUGAAAUGACGCGUAACUUGGUCUAUAUUUAUGAUAUGAUGAAAGGUACUUCUCGUGGAUUUUGGUCUCAUCUCUAUGGUAAUUAUUUUUAG